AUGAUGCACAACCCCGUGAAGCAUACCGCUGCUGCCUCGACCGCCCCCGACACCCUCCAGGAGGAGCAUAUACCCAUGCUCUCCGCCUCCAACCACGUCGUUCUCGAGAUUGACCAUCCCCCUCCCCAGUACUCUCAAGCAGACUCUCAGCCUCUAGAGCCUGACGUUGUCGCCUCUCGACCCCGCCGCCGCUUCCAGCCCAAACCACUCCACGUCCGUAUUCUGUGGACUGCCGCCAUCUUCCUCUGCAUCCUCCAGAACUUCGGCAUCGUCCCCACCCUAUUCUCAACCAGUACAUGCUCCAUACGCGAGCGGGACCAUCAGGAAGUCGCGCGCCUCAAACGCGGUGCGUACUGGACCGAUCCCGCCGGGGACGAGCAUUGCGGCGCAUUCGGGGUCCGAUACUAUCGUGCCAGGCUCAGGAGUGAUGACUCCGUCGCUCUGGAGAAGGACUGGUUGGAAACCUGCUAUCUCAUGCCUAUGACCAUCCAUGGACGCCAGCUCGAAAAGCCGGACCGCUGUGAGCGUAGGGAUGACGGCCAGGUCUGGGGUAUCUGGAGGGUGGACUUCGGGGAGCCGACAUGCGCUCCCUACUGGGGCACAGUCACUGACCUCGGAUGUGUUUCCACUGGGCUGGCGCGCUUGCAAUCCCGUCUCCUCGGCAUCCAGCAUGGCGAUAAUUGGAAGAACAUGUGCUCGACCACUCCCGCCAAGCUCCUCGGCGUGCAGUAUGACCAUCCCACUCACUGCGAAGACAAGGGAUUUGUUUCCGGCGUCAUUGGAAUGUGGGAUAUUGAACGAACCGAGUGCAACUAG